AUGGAAUUCUCUUUGCUUUCCCCUCGAUCCCCACCAAAUCAGGUUUCGGAAGUUAAGAAGGAAAAACGAGAAGCAAAGGAAGAACAUCCUCGAGCAUUCAGUGAGAAACACCGAGACCUGAUUUCAACCUUUCCUCAAAACAAUGAAUGGAAAUUUACCUUACCUCUCUACAAGUACCAAGGUUUCUGGAACUGCCCAAACUACAUUCAAGGACUCUUGCUAGCUCAAGAGAACUUCAAACCUCAAUCUACCGAUGUAAUAAUCUCAACUCAUCCUAAAGCUGGAACAACUUGGCUUAAGGCUCUAGCCUUUGCCAUUGUUGAACGAAACCGUCACAAAGAUUCAAGUAGCUUGUUACUCACUGAACUGUCUCAUGAUGUUCUUUCAUUCUUUGAGAUAGAUGCUGCUCAAAACAUCAAUCGCCGUAAUCCAGAAAUCCCACUUUUGGCUACACAUUUUCCCUAUAGUUCCUUACCAAGUUCUGUAAUAAAGUCAGGUUGUAAAAUUGUUUACAUGUGCAGGGAUCCUAAAGAUGUGUUUGUGUCUCUUUACUACUUUCAGAAGAAGAAGCAUUCCGGAGUGGAAUUUAUUUCAAUUGAAAAUGCAUUUGAGUUGUUCUGCAGAGGGGUUAGCACUUUUGGACCCUAUUUGGAUCAUGUGUUAGAGUACUGGAAAGCGAGUUUAGAAUGGCCUGAAAGGGUACUGUUUCUGAAAUAUGAAGAUAUGAAGAGUAAGCCUUUGUGUUACCUAAAAAAGUUGGCCGAGUUCAUUGGCUACCCUUUCACACCAGAAGAAGAGAGAUCAAAUGUGGUGCAAGAAAUCAUAACUAUGUGCAGUUUUGAGAAAAUGAAGGACCUGGCAACAUUAAAAAACGGAGAGUUUUAUUCCAACACCCCAUUUUCUGUCCGUAACACUGUAUUCUUCAGGAAAGGUCAGAUUGGAGAUUGGAAGAAUCAUCUAACAAAAGAAAUGGGGGAUCAACUGGACAAGAUAACUGAGGAAAAAUUGAAUGGUUCAGGGCUAUCAUUCCUAUCUUAUCACUAA